AUGCAGUCAACGCCAAAUUUCGUCUGGCCUCCAGAGAAUAGAAUUUCAACUGUGGCUUGGCAACCCGAAGCACCAGAGUAUGCGCAAGGUGUAACGCCGGCUUUUCAGGGACAAGAAAAGCGAACAUUUAGGCAAAAUUUGAAUUCCAAUAAUAAUCAUGGUGAUCGUCAUAUACAAAUGAAUUCUUAUUCUGAUCCCAAUUAUCACAAUUCGAUUGCUUGGCACAAUUCCCAAUAUCCUCAAAAUUUUCCACCUUGGCAUGCCUGGAGUGAAACCAACGCUCAGAUCCAAGAAUCUAUGGAUUAUCAAUUGCCACCUGGUUAUGUGCAACAACCAUAUGUAGCUUAUCAAUAUCCAAGAACUCCACUUAUAAAUUCGACUUAUGGUAUUCCUCCUCAACCUACUUCAUCUCCAUAUAUUGAAGCCAGUCCUGUCCUCUAUUCAAAUGCGAAAAAGCCUGUUUCAACUAGUCAAAAUCAUACAAUUGCUACAAAUGGAAAAGUAUCCACCUCAAUUUCAUCCGCCAUAACCAGUCAAAAAUCAAAUAAACAAGAUUUAAAAUCCAAUGCUGUAAAUCAUGACGCGAAAAAGCAACCAGAUAAUUCCAAGCUGUUUUCUAAUCGAGAAACAAAAAAGCGUUUAUUGAUCAAACCCAUUACAACCCCUUUAUCUAACGAGAUUGUAUCACCAAAUCGUCCAUUCUUUAAUGAUGGUCAAAAAUUAUUUAGCCAAAAAAAAAUUGGUGCUGCAAUUGAAAUUAAACUCGGAACUAGAUUGGAUAGGUUAAGACCAGGACUAACAACAUUCACAACAGCAAGUAGUAAUAAGGCUAUCACGAAAUCUGAAAAAAAUAGUCAACAAGAGAUUCCAGAGCCUAAAAAGCGCAUUAGAUUAGGAUUGACUAACGAUGACGACGACGAUGAUAAUGAAAAAGUAGUAGUAAACAAAAAAGAAAAACAACCGUCGGAGGAUAAAGAAUCGACGACCAAGCAAAUUACAGGUUUCAGUCAGAGUAAUGUAAAUAUUUCUAAUUCACCUCCAUCCAUUGAGGAAAAAAAUUCCGAGAUUAUUGAAAAGCAAUCUUUAGAUCUUUUCGCAUCUCCCCCUGCUAAAGAGGAAAAACGAUAUUCCGAAGAAGUUUUAUCGGAUGCUCGCCGAGAUAGCGGUUUCUGUGAACUAGAGACGUGUAAUGAAGAUAUGAAAUCGAUUGAGAUGACAACUCAAAUUGACACAAAAAUUGAAGAUCAUCCGAAUGACCUCGAUAAAUCAGCUUUGAUCGAACCAGAACAUCAAAAUUCCAGCUCUUUGCGGAAUCUAAUUUGCGAUACAAAGAGCGAGGAACCUAUUGCUAAUCGUGAUAAUAUCGAUUCACCUAUCAAAGAAUUGAAUUAUGAACUCUAUUCUUCGACUAAUUCUUUUCGCGCGAAAUUCGAAAUUGAUAAUUCCGCUGAUUCGGGUAUAUCUAAUGAGAUUGCUUCUCAUGAUUUCGAUGAACGCAUUAAUAACGAAAUGCACCUUGAAAAUAAAAAAGAACUAUCCUCAAGCACAGAUGAAAAACUACCAGUACCAACUGUAUUCAUCGAGCAAAUAUCAGAUGAGAAAAAUGAUAUCGUUACACAAGCGCCAGAUUCCAACGAAGUAGCGACAAGAAAAUCAGAACAACUCGAAUCAUCUUUCUCAGAUUUAUCUUCUGCCCUUACUUCAAGCAAUAUGUUAACCCGAAGAAAAAUCAAAGAGCUUUCAGUGUUGUCUUACCAGUGUUACUCGAUUAAUCAACGAGUCAUGGUACUCAAUGUCGAUGGCGUUUGGUAUCCGGGUAAAGUUAUUGCGUCGAAUAAAACGGGGGUGAAAAUUAGUUACGAUGGCUGGGAUUCAAAUUAUGACGAAUGGGUCCUAACUGAUAGUCCAAGAAUGCGUGUUAUGAGUGACGAAGAGAUUAGACAGAUUGAUGAAAGGAAUAAUCAGGAUGAACCUGUUCCAAAAUCUCGACUCAACGAGCUGGAUAAAUCGGAAAAUAUUUCCACUAUUGAUAUAGAAAUAAUUGAAAAAUCGGAAACCUCAAAUUCAAAAGCAUUAUCCUCGUCCGUCGAACAAAUCUUCAGUGAAGAUAGUGAAUUAACUGAUUUGUCCGAUUCUUCAAGCUCUUCAUCCGAUUCCGAAUAUAGUGAUACACAAUCAGAUCUUUCGUUUAACAGAACUACAAAGAAGGCUGCUUCAUCAUACGUAAAAAAGAGAGAUUCUGUCGAGUCAAAAAAUAAAGCCAAAAAACCUUUGAAUCGUUUAAAUAGUUUAUCGACUCGGCAAAAUUCAAAUGCUCGACAAAAACCACGCAAAAUUAAAAAUUGCGAGUCAUGCAACACUCCUUACGAUAGUCUCGAGACAGUAGGUACAGUCGAAUUGUGCCAGAAAUGCAUCCCCCUUUUUGCACCAGAAUUGGCUAGGGUUAAAUCUUUCUCGCAUGAUUAUGAACUUCAUAAUAGAGUUGAGGUUCUUAAUUUUGAUAAAGUUUGGUAUCCGGGCAAGGUCGUAAAAGUUGAAAAGACUAAGGUAAAAGUUCAUUAUGACGGAUGGAGCCAAGAGUACGAUGAAUGGUUAUGGGUAGACAGUCAGAGGUUGAGAAAGUUCGUCGAAGUUAUUGAAAUUGAAGAAAAUAAUAAAGCGCAAGAAAAACCUCAAGAGAAUCAGAUUAAGCAAAAUUUUAAUGCUGCUACUCAAAAUAUUACAUUAGUCCCUUAUGUUAAUAUUGAGGUUAUUCCAUUCGAUAAUCUAAGUAUCAGUAAACAAUCAACAAGUGUAGUGGAUUCAAUAUCUGAACCCAAAAAUCGGCGAAGAACUCGUAAAGCUAAAGCCCCAUCCAAAAGCUUUGGUGAUACUUCUGAGACAGGAUCAUCUUCGAAAAGGCUUCCUCCACCUAAUCCAAAAAAAUGUGAAUCUUGUAAUAUUAUGCAUUUAAAUGUGCAAAGGGUUGGUAGCUUGGAACUUUGUUCUUACUGUCGAAGUCUCUUUGGCGAGGACACAAGUGGCCGCUCCAAACGCGGUGGCCAAUACGGUUUCGAAAUUUAUAAACGUGUUAAAGUAAUGAGUCACGAUGGCGAAUGGUACCCUGGUAUGAUGAUGGACUUUCAAAAUGGAAAGAUUCGCGUUAAUUUUGAUGGUUGGAGCUCAAGUUUUGAUGAAUGGGUGCCUGCAGAAAGUUCGAGGUUGCAGGAAAUGACCCUCGAAGAAAUAUUGGAAGCUCAAAAAAAUAUGCAGUUUGACAUGGAGUAUCGCUUAAGGUCCGUUGAUUCGGAAGCUUCUAAAGAUCAGCAAGAAGAUGAUCUUGAUCUCACAUGGACGCCAAAGAAGCGAAUGCGCUCUUCACGAGUAAAAUCUAAGCAAUCAAGUCUCAUUAAUAAGAGAAUUCGUACUCGAUCCCAACCAAAAAUAUUUGCUCCAAAAUACGAACCAGAAGAAGAGGAAUCCGAUCAUUGGGAUUCUCAGAGUCGCCAAUCCACAAGUGAGACAAGCAAUUUGGAUUGGCGUGAGUUAUACCUUAGACGUAGCACCCGUCAAGCUGGGCGCAAAGGAAGAUCACGUCUUCGAUUUGAUGAAGAUACUUCAAUUGAUCUUAACGAACUGAAAACUCGCUACAGACCCGGUGCAAGGAUCGAAGCACGUGAUGCGUUUAAAGAAUGGCAUUCAGGCAGAGUAAUCGAGGCUAAAGGAUAUAGAAUAUUAAUUCAUUAUGAUAAUUAUUCGCCUAUUUAUGAUGAGUGGAUUGAUAUAAAUAGUCAGCGGUUGCGUGGUGGAUACGAUGACGGUGAUUCAACUGCGGAUAGUGACGAGUUAGAAUCCUUAUUGUCAGCAUCCAAUCGCAUUAAAAGGGUCAAAAAAUCAACUAAUCUUAAUGAAGAUCUUACAAAAGGUAUUGAAUAUGUUGUAGAUGGUAAAGUUUACAGUGAGAAUGACGGAAAGGGCAAUUGGUUUAUUUAUUGCAAUCAAUGUAAUGUUAUCAUAAAACAAUACAGAUAUUAUUGCACAUAUUGUGAAUUACCAUCGGAAGGAAAUGAUUAUCAGAGCUUCGAACUUUGUAUAUGGUGUUUCGCGCACUGCUUCCCUGAGGACCAUCAGCAUCCUCGAUGUUCUUUUGCCAUGCAAUCAGUUCUCGAUGGUGAAGCGCCAACUGUAAGUUCAAAAGGCGAACUAAUUUCGACGUUCGAGAAAGAUGAAUUCGAUAUGUCAUACAAAGAUGAUAACAGCAAAAUUCUAAAUGAAUUUAUACCUCCUGAAAGUGAUAUGGGAUAUUUGUACUUGAAAGCUUGGAAUUCGCGGAAAAUAUGUGGCUUUUGUAAUGAUGAUAAUGAUCAACAUCUAGAAGGGUUUAUUGAACCUUAUCCUUUUGUCUCUCGUGCAUCCACACGUCACGGUGAAAGGAAAAGAACAUUUUGGGCACAUUAUGCAUGUGCGAAAUAUUCACCCGAAGUGUUACAGACUAAAGACAAUGAUUGGUAUAAUGUGACAAUAGCUUGGAGGCGAGGAAGGAGCAUGAAAUGCGGAAAAUGCAAAGAACGUGGAGCGACAAUGGGAUGCUUCAAACCAAAGUGUAAUCGUAGUUUUCAUUUAUCAUGUACUGGAAAACCACUUUCCCACUUUGAAAUGGGCGUUAUUUUUUAUUGCCCGACGCAUGAAGCUAAUUAUAACAAAAUCGAAAUCUAUAAUGAAUCAUUCAAAUGUGAUGCCUGUUCAUGUGAGCUACAAGAAAAUUGGUGGACAUGCGAACCUUGUGGUGGCAAAUAUUUUACCACGUUUGAUUUGUGCAUAAAAUGUUUCGAGGAAAAUUUUCCUGAAAGCCACGAGCACUCUAAAGAUGAUUUCGUGGAAACGUCCUUACAAAAAAUAAAAGAGCAAGAAAAUUUACAAAAAGAAGCGCUUGCUUUGGAAGUUCAAAAGCCGCCAACUGAAUCUGUAUCUCGGAAAAGGUCAAAAAACCCGAUGAAAAAGAAUGGAACACAAGCUCAAUGUUCAUAUUGUUGGUCAGAAGAAUCAACACGUUGGCGUAAAGGUUAUAAUGGUGUUCUAAUGUGCGAAGACUGCUUUGAAUUAGCAUUAGUAAAUAAUCCAACAGAUGAAUCUCAGUUUGGGCAAGAAAAAUAUGCUGCAUCAAUUGAAGACUACACGCACACACCUUAUUUAACAAGAACAUCAGUGUCAGCAACCAAAUUCGACAGUUCACAAUCUCAAGCGCUCUAUUUAGACAGUUAUGAACCGGCAGAGAAUCAAUUAUUCUCUUUGCCAUUCGAUAGUUCAUAUUUCGAUAUUCCAGGCCGUGCCCCGCGCUGGGCUACUCAUAGUGGCACUGAUUAUCACGGAACAUGGCUACCACAAACUGUUCGCAGGGCUGUGCUUCGUUAUACCAAAAAGAAUGAAAGAAUCUUAUCUAAUUUCUUAGGAAGAGGCACAGACGCAAUAGAAUGUUUCUUGCUGUCUCGAAGCGUAGGAGUUGACAUUAACCCAGCCGCUGUUGCUUUAUCGCAACGUAACUGCUCUUUUGCAAUUCCUCCGGGUCGUGGAAUUACCGCCGAACAUCGCCCCAUAAUAUUGCAGGCUGAUUCGAGACAACUCUCCGGAAGAUUAUUUGAAGCUCAAUCAUUUGAUCAUGUGUUAAGUCAUCCUCCUUAUAAAAAUUGUGUUGAAUAUUCUACUCAUAUCGAUGGAGAUUUAUCGCGAUUUGCUAGUUCUGAAGAAUUUAACAUGGAAAUGACUAAAGUAAUUGAAGAAUCUUGGAGACUACUGAAAUUUGCAAAGAGAGUUACAUUAGGGAUCGGAGAUAAUCGCGAGCAAUGUUUCUACGUUCCAGUUAGUUUUCAGUUGAUUCGUCAAUAUAUAGAUCAUGGAUUUGAACUUGAGGAGCUGGUAGUGAAAAGGCAACGAUAUUGUCAAGCCUUUGGAUUAGGCACAUAUUUAUGUGUCCAAUAUGAUUUUCUGAUGUUUACACAUGAGUUUAUUGCAACUAUGAAGAAAGUAGAUCCUGCCAAUAAUGACAAACUAAUAUCAACACCAGAAUACUUAUCAAUUAAGAAUAACGUAUCGUUCACACGUACUUUACGUGAAAUACCUGUUUUACCGAUCGCUAGAAAAAGCGUAGUAAUGGGCACAACAUGGACUUUUAAACCGUCUACCAAACAUGACUUCGUACUAUUAUGUACUUCGAGAAUGGUCGAAAGAUUUGGUCGAGAUUUAGCAAAUUGGGAAGAAAUUAAAUUAAAAUUUAAAGACAGAGAGGAAGUAAGUUAUAAUCAAGAAGAUACAACAGACAUGAAUAGUAACAGUGAAAAUAGUCAAAGCGAUUCGGAUGAUAUGCCAGAAUAUGAAAAAAUUAGACAAAAAAGAAUUCAAGAAAAUCAGAAAAUGCUCCUGACAUUGGGUCUUAUUUCUGACCUAAGUGAGUCAUCAGACGAUAUCUCGCAUGUCGAAAAACUUUUAUCAAACAAGCCUUUAUCUCCACCAACACCGACAGCCCUUGUCGUAAUUCCCCACAUUCCGAACAAUGUGCUCAACGCAAAAGAUAUUCCAGCCUACCGGGCUGCAAUUAUGCAUCUUGCCCGGGAAGCACAUUCUUUUCUUCCACCUUCGGGAUUUUUGAUCGUUGGUGCACAAGAUAUCAGAGCACCAGACGGGAAGCUAUGGCCAUUGAGCAUGCUUUUUAUGGAAGAUAUCAAUCGUGUGGUUGGUCAAGAUGUGAUGCCAUUAAAGGAAUUAGUGAUUACGGUGCCUGAAGGUUAUGCGAAGGAUCGAAGAAAAAUUUGUUCGUAUGAAGAAUUUGUUGAUGAACAAUGCGUUUCAGAUGAACAAGAUUGUGAUUUAGAGCAUUUGACUAUAGUUCAUGUAAGUGUCGAAUCUAAUGGUUGA